AUGGCUCCUCCUCCUUCUGCCCGCCCAUGGGCAGGCUCACCCUACCGUCGUCGCCGGCUCCUUUGGACUGUUGCCCUUCUCACUAUUGGCAGCGUCUUUUGCCUCACGCAGUAUGGCCCUCCAGCCUUCUCUCUUUCUGAAUCAUUCAAGGACAUGAGCUUUUCCUCGGGCUCUUCGCGCGCGGGACUUGUCGGUCAGGCCAAAGCUGCGAUGUACGCUGGAGAAGGCGCAUUGAAAGACUUGCAAGAGAUGGAUGCACUGCUUCACUUCCUCACCGCCUACCCGGAGCGUACAUUCAACGAGGAUGGGCAGACAUUCCGCGUGGAGGGGAUGGGUAGCGUCGAAGUCGAUCCUUCGAAGCCUGUCGACCUAAGGAUCUACGCCCCUGACGGACGCUACGACUGGGAUGAGUAUAUGAAACAGGUUCAGAAGAAUCCUCUCGUUGUUUUCAGCAAGACAUAUUGCCCAUAUUCCAAGAAAGCGAAGAAACUUCUUAACUCCUACGACCUCACUCCUCCUCCGCUUGUCUUCGAGCUCGACAAACGUUCAGACGGGCCUCAGGUACAAGCUAUCUUGAAGAGGCUAACGAAACAUGCAACUGUGCCUAACAUUGUUCUCAAUGGGAAGUCAAUCGGCGGCUCCGACCAUCUCGAAGGAAUGCAUGCACAGGGCCUUUUGAAAACUCUCCUUGGAGGCAAUGGUCUGAAAAUCAACGGGAACGUGUGA